UUUAGUAGGUUGUGCCAUUGUGAGAGCUUAUAACCCAGCAUGUGAUGUACUAUAUACAGUAAGCUGGGCUUUUUCAAAGUCUCACAGCCCUAAAAUGCUCCCAUCCCCAACAAUGUUUCUACCCAUUUUCCUUAGCAUAUGCUGCACCGUGCAGGUCUUUUCUCUGCUCCACUUCACCUUUGCAUCCUCUCCACAUACAGCUCCAGAUGGCCUCCUGCCCCCCAGGCUGGCAUCUGCCACCCCCACCUCGCUGCAGGUGGCUUGGGCUGCUCCAGCCCGUCACAACGCUCCCGGACCUCUGCGCUACCAGCUCCAGAUGAGGACUUCAGCUUCCCCACAAGUUCACCAGUUAAUGGACGAUGAGACGACUGUAUUUAGUCACACAGUUGAGGACCUUGAACCCUUUACCGAGUAUCACUUCAGACUGCUGGUGUCCAACAGCCAUGGAGAAACCAGCAGCUCAUGGGUCUCUUUUCUUACUGCACAAGACAGGCCUGGAUCUAUUGACCCUCCCUUACUCUCUGACAUCCAACCCAGAAGUGCGUCUGUCUCUUGGUCUUCUCCGUCCCAGCCCAACGGCAUCAUCACCCAUUAUAACAUCUACCAAAACCACCAGUUAAGUGUCAGUGUGCUAGGAAACAGCACCAGCCACACUCUUUCUCAGCUUACACCCUAUCAGCAGUACACCAUAGUGGUGGAAGCCUGCACAGCAGCCGGCUGCACUCUUUCCUCUGAGUCCCACACCAUACGCACCCCGCCAGCUCCCCCAGAGGACGUCCCGCCCCCACAGCUUUACUCAGACACCCCCACGUCAGUGCUCUUGUCCUGGGCCCCACCACGUCAUGCCAACGGUGAACUGGACGGCUACACCAUUGAGAGGAGAGUCACUGCCACACAACAGAUUUCUACUGUGGCCACAUUGCAGCCCAAUCAGACACUCACUUACCUAGACAGCUCUGCUACACUCAGCCCCUGGACCACUUAUGAGUACCGCAUUGUGGCGCACACAAGGCUGGGGGGAUCUAAUAGCAGUGAGUGGGAGAAAGUGACCACUAGACCAUCAAGGCCUGCAGGACUGCAGUCGCCUCAUGUGCUGGUUUUGGGACCAGAGUCAGUACAGGUUACAUGGACCGCUCCACUCAUGCCCAAUGGAGAAGUUGAGUGGUAUGAGAUCCGCAUGCCUGAUCCACGCAUCUCACACACUAAUACAUCUGUACUCAACCAUACAGUUACCAAUCUGCUGCCCUACACCAACUACAGCAUCACCGUCCUCGCCUGCUCAGGAGGUGGAGGCCAUGUUGGAGGCUGCACUGAGAGCUCUCCAACACUGGUUACUACAUUACCCACAAUCCCAGAAGGUCUGCCAUCCCUGUCAGUAGUAGCCAUCAGUGAAUCUUUCCUAGCUGUUUCAUGGCAACUCCCAUCAAGGCCGAAUGGGCCCAACAUAAGAUUUGAGCUGUUGAGACGGAAAACCCAGCAGCCCCUGGCCUCCCGUCCCCCCGAAGAUUUGAAUCUGUGGUACAAUGUUUACGCAGGAACCAAAUUGUUUCAUGAAGAUAAAGGCCUUAGCAGGUACACAUGGUACGAAUACAAACUUCUGGUUCACAAUGAUGUUGGCCACGCUUCAGGGGAGGUUGCCACAGGGGUCACACUGGCUGGGCAACCCCUCACCCCCACCAGCAUAUCCGUCCAAGUUCUCAAUCAUACAGCGAUCCUGGUCAACUGGUCCACCCCCACUCUGCAAGAUUUGCAGGGAAGUGUGGAGGACUACAUCCUUAUGGUUCUGUCCACCCAGCACAGGCAGACUCUUACACUUGACCCCGCUGCGACCUCUGUGGUCAUCUCUGACCUGCAGCCCAGCACAGAGUACAAGGUCUCCUUGACUGUAUCCAAUGGCGCUCACAACAUCACCAGUCCUGAGGUCAGCUGCACUACUACAGAUGGAGAACCUGAAGGAGUCUUUCCUCCAGAGGUGGUGGUCCUAAACAGCACAGCAGUGAGGGUGCUAUGGACGGCUCCUCUUGUUCCAAAUGGUGUGGUCACAAAGUACUCCAUCUAUCUUGAUGGCCAUCUCUAUGAGUCCACUAGCAAUGCAACUGGAUCACUGGAAGUGGGAGGACUCUUGCCAUUCACUGUACACAGUAUUCAGUUGGAGGUGUGUACCGUGUACGCGUGUGUUGAGAGUAACAGCACUCAGGUGACCACUGUGGAGGACACACCGACUGAAAUCGCCAAACCUCAGAUUCAGCUGCUUAGCUCUAGAUCAGUUAAACUAGAAUGGACAUCACCUGGUAAGCCCAAUGGCAUUCUGGGAGGAUAUGACGUGUGGCGGAGGACUCUGCAGCGGUGCGAGGAGCUGCAGACCCAGCAGGUGUUUGCUCCUCAGGCUCACUGCUCGUACCUGGAGUGCCUUGCAGAACAAGACUUCUGCGGCAAGACCUGUUAUAAGCCUGAGACACAGGUAUGCUGUGCAGGGACUGUUCACAGCCUAAAUCAGUCUCAUCAGUGUUGUGAAGAGCGUUAUGUUCCAGCUUUAGAGGAUUCUGGGAGUUUGUGUUGUGGAGGUCAGUUUUUCCAGCCUAUGCCUCAACACCAGUGCUGUGGAGGAUAUUACAUACUAGUUCCACCAGGAGAGGUCUGUUGUCCGGACUCUGUGGAACGGCGUGUAUCUGUUGGUCUUGGGGACUCAUGCUGUGGUGGGAGUCCCUUCAUGUCUGGAGCUGGUCAGAUCUGCUGUGGGGGGCGUCUUUAUGAUGGCUUUAACUCCCAGUGCUGUGGAGGACAGUUAGUCCCAAGAGAGACGGUGUGCUGUGGGGAUGAUCACCAGGGGACGCCCCAUAAACAUGUAUCAGCAUUCAUCUGCUGUGGAGAGCACUACAUCAACACAUCUACUUCCUGGUGCUGCACGGGUCCCGGCGGAGAGUCUAAAGUCCAUGUGGUGGAGAACAGGAUGGGGUCGCUGAAGUGCUGCUGGUCAGAGGUGAUUGAUCAGGAGGAAGAGUGUUGUAAUGGAGUGGGCUUCAAUCCGCUCACAUCUGUGUGUGCUGACAGAGCCCCGGCCAGCAUCCUCAUCCCGGAAAAAUGCCGCCCCGGUACGGUGUGUCCUGUGUCGGUGGCUGCAGGAGCGUACUGUGGCUUGUGUGAUUUUAGACCGGCACAGUCCGUCUGUACAUGGGUACCAGGUGAACUGGUCCCUAUGCACGUUUUAUCUCCCUCUGCUGUUGCUGCCACCCAAAGAGAAGCUCGUUCUGCCGACACCCACAGCCAGCUCUGCCCAUCCUCAGAGGAGAUGAUAUACAGUGGAAUGGCAAACCGAUACAGUUUCACAGACACUGAACUGGACCCUUACACCAGUUAUGAGUAUAGGAUUGGUGCCUGGAACAGCUUUGGCCGUGGGUUCAGUCCCUCCUCUCGUGUCACUACUAAAGAAGAUGCUCCCUGGGUUGUGUCUCCUCCUCACUGGAGCCAUAUGGGUCUGCGGGAUGACAUCAUCCAGCUUGAGUGGUCAGCCCCAAACAAACCCAAUGGUGAGAUAAGUCACUAUGUAAUCCUGCGUGAUGGACAGGAGCGCUACCGUGGCACUGAUCAUAGCUUCACUGAUGCGGGAGGCAUCCGGCCUUUUCAGGAGUACGUGUACCAGCUCAGAGCUUGUACUGCCGCCGGCUGCACAGACAGCCCAAAAGUUGUGGCAGUGACUGUCCAGGGGGAGCCAGAGGGAAUCGCUGCUCCGGUGGUGAGCACGCUGGGGCCCAGGGCCCUAAGGAUCAGCUGGGUAGUUCCAGCCAAACCGAACGGUAUCAUCCGGGAGUACCGCAUCAAUCAGAGCACUGUUGGAGUCAUCCACACACAUACAGAAGGGGAGAUGGCUUUUAAUGUCACAGGUCUGGAGCCUCACACCAACUACAGCUUCUUUGUUGUUGCAUGCACUGCAGCCGGCUGCGGAGCAAGUCAGCCAUCUAUGGGCCGCACACUGGAAGAUGCACCAGCAGACGUGUGGACAGUGCCCAGGCAUAUCCAGGUGAACUCCUCAGCAGUGGAGCUUCACUGGAGCCAACCUCUCAAACCCAAUGGCAUGCUCUCUCGAUAUCGGCUGCUGCGUGACGGAGUGGUCGUCUUCACCGGGGACACAGGAAACAUGAGCUACAUAGACACUGGCCUUCAGCCCAACACAAGAUAUGUGUACGAGCUGGAGGCCAACACCAGCGGCGGGAGCACUCUCAGUGACAGAUACGUCAUUCAGACCCCCAUCUCCUCCCCGGAAAGGAUUCCUCCUCCGUAUAAUGUCAGCCUCCGUGGCCCUCGCUCCAUCUUUGUUGCCUGGUCACCCCCAGGUGUAUAUAAUUCAAGUGCCCCUUUGGAAUAUAAUGUCCUGCUCAAUGCGGGCACUGAGCGGCCCCUCAUCCGCCCUGCUGGACCAGAGCACUUCCUGUUACUGCAAGGAUUGGACUGCUACACCAUUUACAACAUUCAAGUACAGGCCUGUCAGCCAGAUGGUUGUGGUGUAGGACAGGGGGUGUCUGUUCGGACCCCGGAAGCUGCUCCGUUAGCUCAGGACCCUCCAGUUCUCACAGCUGCCGGUGCGGCCAUUAUCGAGGUCCGCUGGAGUCCACCAAACAAACCAAAUGGCCUCAUCACUAGCUACUUCAUAUACAGAAGGCCAACUGGAACUCAGGAGGAGCUGCUGGUGUUCAUCUGGGCAGAAGGUCCCCUAGAAUUCAUCGAUGCCUCAGAUUCCCUUCUACCGUUCAGUGAAUAUGAAUACAAAGUCACCGCAGACAACUCUAAAGGCUCUGCCUCCAGUUCCUGGUCCUCCGUCCGAACACUAGAGGCAGAACCGCAGGGAAUGGACGCACCCUCGGCCCGUCCUGCCAGUGCCUACUCUCUUCUGCUGACCUGGACCCAGCCUAGCAUCCCAAACGGAGUGAUCUCCAAGUACAGAGUGGUGUACCAGAAACUACCCAAUGAUCCUACGUUCAACUCCACAACUGUUACUGCUCUUACAGUUCUGGUAACAAUCAUUUCUCCCAUCAAUUUGAUACAUUCUGUGAGAAGUUAUAAAUGAAUCUGCAAAGAAGCAAGACGAUUGAGUAAUGUUCCA